GGGCUUUGCUUUGGAAGGAAAAAUAACCCAGCAAGAUUUGGGACUUCCUCUGCUGAAGGCAUUAUCACAGCAGAUUGCUUUGAGCUGAUCUUUAACCUCCCUUUGGACAACCAUACAAGAACAACUUGGCAUGACCUUUGCUCAAUUGUCUUUUAAGAACAAGGAGUGGGAAUUCUGGUGGUUCAGAGCCAACAAGAUUCCCUCAAGGCAAGUGUGAUAGCUGCAGAGAGAAGUGCCAGACAAGCAUAGUAACGAAGAUGGUAGGCAGCAAAAAGCACAGUACAGAAGAAGAAGCUCAGGAAACUCCCAGAUUUCAACAAAAGACUCUGACGGCACCAGCUCCAUUCGCAGAUGAAACAAGCUGUCAGUGUCAAGCACCCCAUGAGAAGUUAACCAUUGCACAAGCCCGCCUGGGAACACCAGUUGACAGACCUGUCAGAGUGUAUGCAGAUGGAAUAUUUGACCUCUUCCACGCCGGCCAUGCUAGAGCUCUUAUGCAAGCCAAAACUCUAUUCCCAAAUAGCUACUUAUUAGUAGGAGUUUGCAGUGAUGAUUUAACUCAUAAAUUCAAAGGCUUCACUGUGAUGAAUGAAACUGAGCGAUAUGAAGCCCUCAGACACUGUCGCUAUGUGGAUGAGGUCAUCAGAGAUGCGCCCUGGACACUGACACCUGAGUUCCUUGAAAAACAUAAGAUUGACUUCGUAGCACAUGAUGACAUCCCGUACUCUUCCGCUGGAUCGGAUGACGUAUACAAACACAUAAAGGAGGCAGGAAUGUUUGUACCUACGCAGAGAACCGAAGGUAUCUCCACAUCAGAUAUCAUCACACGGAUCGUCCGGGACUACGACGUGUAUGCCCGGCGCAACCUCCAGCGAGGAUACACCGCCAAAGAGCUGAAUGUCAGUUUUAUAAAUGAGAAGAAAUACCGAUUUCAAAACCAAGUGGACAAAAUGAAAGAAAAAGUCAAGAAUGUGGAGGAAAAGUCAAAAGAAUUUGUUUACAAGGUGGAAGAGAAGAGCCAUGACCUCAUUCAGAAAUGGGAAGAAAAGUCCAGGGAAUUUAUUGGCAACUUUUUAGAGCUGUUUGGACCUGACGGAGCUUGGAAGCAGAUGUUCCAGGAACGAAGUGGCCGAAUGCUCCAGGCUUUUUCUCCCCGGCAGAGCCCAAACAGCAGUCCUACGCGAGGCCGCUCUCCAUCCCGUUCUCCAUCUCCACCCUGGGUCAUCAAUAAGACCUCCCCUCCCUCUUCUCCAAAAGCUGCCUCUGCCUCCCUCAGCAGCAUGAGCGAGGGAGACGAGGAUGAAAAAUAAAAUACCUAUUUUUUUAACCAUGAGACAGAAGAACAAGCUAUGAACUCAACCACUGGAUGGGGAGAAGCGUGAGGAACACCAGGGGUAUCUCUGACAGCAAGGGAUGGUGCUCUGGGAGCUGUCAAAAAUGAACUGGAGCAUAGCAAGGGAGAUCUCAGGAAGAGCUUAUCCCAUUCCCACUCCCUCACAGUGCUGGAAGGCCCAGCCAGCAGCACUUGCCAGGCACAGCCCCAGGGACUGACAGAAAAACACACUCGUGCAAGUUCCUGCCCCUGCCUUGCUGCUCUCCAGCUGCUGCUCCAGGCCAGGCCCAGGGGAGCUCCGCACCGAGGGCGGCUGGCAAGAGGAGCCCAGCUGGCUCCUGAUCCAGACCCAGCACACAGAGAAGUGCUGCCUGCAGCUUGCAGAGAGAGAAGAUGCAGUUGUACCCUGCUGACCUUGAGCUCCUCUGGCACGUGAAAGGAAUGGCGUGGCUGCAGCAAAUACAUUGAGAAACAGGGGAUAAAGUUUGGGUUUUUUUCCUUUUGAAUAACAUCUUCCCCUGAGCCCAGAUCAUGCACUGAAAUGAAGAGCUCUUCAGGCAAAUUGGUGGAAAUCCAUUUAACAUAUUCAGUGCUGCUUGUUGACCAAGCCUCUGUGUGGGGUGUACAUAAAGAGUCAAGCUUUUUGCUUUAUCAAAUCACUCUCCAUGUUCCUAGUGCCUGAACAGCUGCCUGAUCACUUCUGGUUUGCUCCCUGGCUUUGCACUUCGAAGGCAUGAAAGUAAAUGAAAAGACAACUGGAAUGUGGUGGUGUAGGAAAUAAGACAGUUUGAAGAUGCUGAUUGUUUUUACUGGUGAAUUAUAAAAAUAUCCCAAGGCCUUGGGACAUGGCCUUCUAGGAAAACCUGCUGCUCCCAGCUAUGUAUCAGCAAAUGACAAGCAAACAAUGCUGUUGUCACAUGAUACUCAGCCAGUUAAACAAACUUCUCAUCAAACUCUAAACGAUGUGUUCAGACACACUGCCCCUGCAGAGGAUCCCAAGGCUGUUCCUCUACACUAAUAUGGAGGGGGAAAAAAGGAAAAAACCAAACUGUUUGAACAGGUUUAGGCACAACUAUAUUAUUUCUCCAUCCAUGACACCUGUACAGCCCAAGCAGAAAUACAGAGGGUAGCACAGGUGAAGCUCUCCCCUCAGUGCUGAUCUUCCUAGUUGGCAAAGCCAGUCCUACCUGACAUUUGGUUCCAUGUUCAGUCCCUCAGCUGGCACCUGCUGAGGUGGCUACAGGAGCUGGCAGGAUUCCUGAGCCCUGGGGCUGAUCUGCCUCACAGCUGCAGGAAACCCCCAGCACUGUGGCAGGGCUGUGCCACUGAUGCCAUUUGGCUCCCAAGCUUGCCUGGCACAGCUGUCUCAGCACACAGGCAUGCUUGAGGCUCUCCAGCCCAGCAGCAGUUUUGGUGCCAGGCCAGCAGGUAAAGGCUGCCACUGCCCCUGUCUCACAGGCAGCCUGCUGGGCACAGCCUUGGACAACACGGGAAGGGAGCUGCAGCUGCCUGGAAUUGUAAACCCACCAGGACACGCUGGCUGCUGUGGGCAGCACCAAUCAGCACUUGCUGGUUCCCUACACAGGCAGCACAAGAAAUGCUGGAGGAAGGAGGGCUCCAUGACAGUGUUGGAAAAAAUCUGAGGGACCAAGAUGCCCAAGGAGCACGUGGGGUGGUUGUGCUUGCUGGCAGCAGCACCCCCAGCUACUGUCCUUACCUCGCUGAGUGACCUGGUAGGUAGACUCCUUUCCAGAAACUCUUCUGGGCAAGUAAAUUACAGACCUUGGUACCAGGCACCAAAUUAGCCCCACACUCUGCUCGCUCCCUAGUGCUUUCAUUCCUCCUCCACUACCAGGUAACAGAUUUUUCUUUGGGAACAUUUUGCCAGAAACUUCUCAGACUACCACAAGAUCAAGUAUGCAGCAUCUCGUACUUUGUCCUCUGGAGUCAAACUAGUUCCUUCACAGAGCUUUGCAAAAAUAGAUGAGCAGGAAAUAGGGUGGAAUGUGCAAAGGGACAGCUACAGCUACUUCAGCUGCCGCCAGCUGUGUGCCCGAUGGGACAAUGCAAUUAAGACCUUUCUCAGCCUUAGGCAACCUGUUACUGUAAUUUCAUACCUGGGAUGCACUUGAUAGUUUUUCUGAUCUUUUGCAAGUCUUAAGUCUUCCCAUCACAAACCACUCCACCACCACAGGAACUGCCUGCUUCUGCUGGUGCUGUUGAUAGAUGAGCCAUGUCCAAAUGCAAUGGAGGUGGGCAAGGAUUUGUUGUUCUUUGCUUUUACCAUUUUUCUUUUGUCCAUUUUACUUUCCUAGCAGUUACUGUUCAGCAGCCCUUGCUCAGUGGUUUGAGUGGAGACAGCACCAUGACUUGUAAAUUGUAACUAGAGAAAAACUCACCAGUGACCUGUUCUUAACAGAAGCUGUUUCUCAGGGUCACAGGUGGCUACCCAGCAACAAAGCCAUAUUCUGUACUAGGUGUCUUGUUUCCAUUUAGGAUAUCACUAAGCUGAAGCCUUUGCCCUGCUGGUACAUUCAUGUGCUGUCUUCAGCAAACCAGAACCUUAUGGUGUCUGGACACGUGGAAGGCAAUUUUGCACUUCUGAGUCAUGGUUGGAUUUUCCUUUUCACAAGUGUUGCUUUAAUUCAGUCCUAUUUAUCAGCCAAGCUCCACAUGAACAAUAAAGUGUAUGACAGACA